GAACGUUGGUGACUGUUUCGGUUGUCAAUCAAAGUGGCGGGGAGGCUUCAUUUCUUCUCCCCCCUGUGGCUAAAGUCAUCAUUGCAUGCGAGUCGGCGACCGGGCCAGGCAAGGUUAGUUAUUAACUUCGCCUUUCCAACCACUUGUGGGGAACCAAGGGCCGGGUAGUCGCCGUGUCGAGGCAUGCUGCCGCCCGGCGCUCGCAUCUUACCAUGGCUGACCGCGACCAUUGCCCACCGGAGAGCGCGUUAGUCGCCCCCGAUCACGUCACGGUCGUGUUCCACAAAGUUGCCAGUCAUGGCGAAAAUAGCGGCAGCGACGGCGGCCGCUGGUGCGGGGACAGCGAGCCGUCGAAGGAGGGGACUCACUCGCGAGCGUGGCGGUACCUCGACGGCGAUGCUGAGGAGGACGCGGCCGCUUGCAAGUUACCGGAGGGCGGCGAGAGGGAGACGCUGUGCCCGCCGCCGGUGUCGCGCGUCACCAGGAAGCCGGCAUCCACCGACCAGAGCGCCAGCCAAGGGAAGCAAAAGCGGUGUCCGGGCCUCGGGUUGUUCUACGCCUUUGUGUCCACCGUCUUCUUUUCCAUCAUCUCGCUCUUGGUGAAGACCAUCCAGGGAGUGCACGCUAUCGAGAUCAGCGGCAUCCGCUGCUUCUUCCAGAUGCUCUUCAUAGUGCCCUUACUCAUUUACCACAAGACAGGCUUCCUGGGUCCCCGGGACAAACGUCCAUAUCUAAUGCUGCGGGGCUUCCUGGGCUCCAACGCCAUGAUCCUGCUCUUCUACGCUGUGCAGCAGAUGCCGCUGGCUGAUGCCACCGUCAUCAUGUUCAGUAAUCCAGUCUUCACCUCGCUGCUGGCCUGGGUCUUCCUGAAGGAAAAGUGUACAAUGUGGGACUGCGUGUUCACCGUCUUCACCUUGACCGGGGUCAUCCUCAUCGCCCGGCCGCCGUUUCUCUUUGGUCAACAUAUCCAAGGCAUUGAGGGAAACUACACAAACCACAUCAAGGGGACCAUCGCUGCUUUUGCGGGAGCGAUUGGGGCCGCAUGUACCAUGGUUGUCCUGCGUAAGAUCGGGAAGAGCGUCCACUACUACCUCUCGGUGUGGUAUUAUGCCGUCAUUGGCUUCAUCGAGUGCGUCAUCACCGUCAGCAUCCUCGGGGAGUGGAAAAUCCCCUCGUGCGGCCAAGACCGCUGGAUGCUGAUGCUGAUCGCCGUCCUGGGCAUCGCAGGCCAAAGCUUCCUGACCAAAGCCCUCCAGCUGGAGAAGGCCGGCCCCGUGGCCCUGACCAGGACGGUGGACGUGGUGCUGGCCUUCUUCUUCCAGUUCGUUUUCUUGGGCCGCGCGCCCAGCUGGUGGAGCCUCGGUGGGGCUCUGUGCAUCGUGUUGAGCACCAGCGGCGUCGCCUUGCGCAAGUGGUACAUCAACUCACGCAAGAGCUGAAAGCAAGUAGUCUCGCUUGCAUUGCUAUUUAUUGUUUUCACUUUCCCUCGCUACUCUUCGUCUUGAUUUCUUCUGUACCCUAUUUGUCAUGAACAUCAAACCGCAUUGAACCAAAAGCCUCCAAAGUCGAGUCUAACCACAUAAAAAUUCAAACCCAGACCCGUUAAAAAAAAAAAAAAGACUUCAAAGGCGACACAUCACACUUUGGGCUCAUAACUGAUGUGGUCACGGUCUGCACGGUAUCGGAGAAUUUCGUACCUCGGUAUCGGCGCAUGCCUAAUUUCAACUAACCAUUCAGAAACGUGGCUAACUUGAAAUAGGGAAGCUUCGAGCUGCUCAGCGCAACGCAUUGGCUUGAACAUGAAAACAGAAAUCCAAAUGAAACGUCAUUCAGAACAUUGCCAAACUUUAAGAGGGCAACGGUUACGAGCCCAGAUUGAAUGUUUUUCAAAAGAAAACGGUAGAGGUCAAACCGUCACUGAUUUGGAUUGUGUUGAACUUUGGUGCUUGCACGAGACCUCGUCACAGGAAGUUGUCAUUUUCUUGACCUUUCAAAUGAAGCGGAACGAUCUGUACUACAGUGAAGACCGCCGCUGCUGCCUUGGGUCCUGUGGAGUGAAACGUGUAUUUACACUUAAUUUUCUCUGUUCUUUAUGUGCAAUGCAAAAAAAAAAAAAAAAACUGAAAAUCUGAGUACCACCGCAGUGAAACUGUUUGAUUAAAGACAGCCUAAGCUCGUCGCCACGCCGUCGAGCCUAAAUGAAGUCACUAAAGCCAGCAUUAGGACCGUUCACACUGUGACCCCUCCCUAAAAAAAAAAAAAAAAAAUCUAUGGUGGGUUGCCAUCAUCUAAUAGAUGAUCAAACAUGUUUGAAAAGACUGUUUAAUACAACAGAUGUGCACUCCCAUUUUGUUUCAAUCACUUCAAUUCCGCACAAUUAAAAGAAAAAAAAUUCCAAGCAAGUAUGGACAUUUUUGUAACAUUUCUCGGUUUAAGUGAAGUAGGAUUCUCAGGGAUCGCUUUCGUGAACUACUGCAGGAAUUGAUUUGCUCUCUCAAAAGAUGAUAUCACGUUACUGACGAUACACUGUAAGUCGAUACCGAAACGAAACCUGUGCCUUGACUGGGAGUAAAAGGCAUUGGGACACUUCGCAAGCAAGGAGUCUCCCCCAAAUGUCGAAUGAUGCGUUCCGAUACUUGCACUGAAGGGUUGUACAAACCCACAUUUGGAAGAAUUGUUGUUGACUGAAAUGCUGUGAUCGCUCAACGCGCUAAAAGCGACGAGUGGUGCCUUGAGACAAUGAGCUUAACACGUUUCAUCUUUCGCCGUUUAACUUUGUGCGUUAGCAUCAAGCUGGCGGACUUGAGCGAGGCGAAAUUUGACAGUGCGACCGGGAGUGGCGUUCAAAAGCUUGAAGCCUCCCUCUUUUUGGUGGGCGAGGAGUUGUUCGCUAUCUGCCCGAACGGUGCUUGCUGUGAGUCAAGUUCAGGUCACCGCCGCGAUACAAAGGUUUGAAGGACGGCCGGUAUCUCAAGGCACCGCUUUGCUACUGCGAAAACGAGCAUUGUUCGAUGUCAAAGCAGAGUCUUCAGACCUAUUCACGUGUCACUUGGAUGACAGCUGCUGUACUGUACGCUUUUGUUCUCGUCUCUUCAAGUUCAACUUGAGCGCGCUCGCUAACCUGACAUGAAUAUUUCGACGUCCUCGUGAAACCUGGGCGUCACGCGAACUUCGGCAAAGUCGACGUGAC